GCACGCUGCUGCGUUCUUGCUUCUGGCUGGCCUUCUUCCUUCGUGUUGGUGCUGGUCGCUGCUGGUGGCGUGCCCUGUUUUGCAUCAAGUCUUUGGAUUGCGACAGCAGCAGCAGCAGCAGCAGCUCCCCCACUUCCUCAUUCAUUAUCGUCAUCAUCAUCACACGACACGCAUCCACCCACACAGCCUGACCGGCCACUCUUGUGACCAACACACACCGCAUCAGCCAUCACAGCAAAGGAAACCCGAACAAGCGCCUUUUCACGCAACAAGCAAGCAAGCAAGCGCCAUUUCUCCAACGCCACAUCGCACGACUGUAACGCAACAACCACACACCACCACCCAGCUGAUCCUCAACAAGCCACACCUGCUGCUUCUCGUUCAAAGCAUACUACAACCGAAACCAGAACAAAAUGGCCCUGGUUGGAGAGAAGACCGAGCUCGAGGCCACAAGGCCUCAGGACACACGCAUGGUCACCCCCACCACCGUCGCAGACUUUGUCAUCCACACAGGCAACGUCCAAAGGUGCAACCAUCUUCAGGCGCGCGUGCCCGCAACUCUGCAGCGCGAAAUCACCACAGCUCUCAAGUGCACCAUGCAGUGUUGGAAGAAGCACAACAAGGGCGACUUUGUCAUGUCCCGCGAGGUCAUUGGGCACCCAAAGCUCAUGCGCGUGCCUCUGUCUGGAAACGCAAUGGCAAAGCGCGUCCGUGUCAAGCUCUUCAUCCUCGACAAGUUCGAGGAAGGCAUCGUCAGCAAGGCUCUCACCGGCGUUGAGAAGGCGGUGGGCUUCGCCGGUGUCGACACACUUGUGGUUGAUAUGAAGGCUGCUGGCGGUGCUGAACAGCAUGAGGAGGAGGAGGCAGGGCGCGAUGGCGGCCGUGACCUCGUCGCCGCAUGGCGCGAAAUGGAGAACCUGCAUGAUUACGGCCUCGCCAAAUCCCUUGGCGUCGCUGACCUUGAUACUGACACCCUCCAGCAUCUCGCCUCUGUCGCAAAGGUCCCCGUUGCCGUCAACGAGGUGGACCAGCAGACGCGCUGCGCAUCGCUGCCCUCGUCCCUCCGCACAUAUGCACGCGAGCACGGCAUUCGCCUUGACGCCCACAGCGACGCAGGCCACCCGCUCCCUAAGCAGCAGUUUCAGAAGAUCAUGACCAAGGUGAUCAAGGACCAGAGCCUGUUCACCCCCGGUGGCGAGCACACGCCUGGCGGCGACACACCCGGCACGCCCGGCUCUGCUGUUGGGGCUGCGCUGCGGGUGGACUGGACUCCCAGAUGGGUUGCGCGGUACACCGUCGUUGACACGGAGCGCUCUGUCGUUGACUCAACCGGUUUUGUGAUUGGCGGCCGCUACAUCGUGUAACCAGACACGCCACCACCACAGCACCACAAUGCUCAUCACCCGUGAUUGCUGCCGCUGUCCUGCUUUGGAUCCACAUCCCUGCUGUUCUUGUACGAUUUGGGUGCUUGUCUCUCCUUCUCCAUCCCCUUCCCUCCCUCUAUCUCUUCCUUGGGCACAAUGCGACGUUGUUGCUGCUGCCGCUACUGGCGCCGUUACAUGCUGUGGUGUUCGUGGGAUGCUUUUCAUCUUUCUUGCCGUGUUGCAUCAGCCUCUAGCUUUUCUCUCUUGCUGCUUUCAUUGAUUGCGUUAUUGCCGCUGUGAACACCCGCUUGCUCCCAUUUCUUGCCCGCCUCAGCUCCCCUCCUUUUCCCCAAAACGCACACGCCCUUGUUCUCGUGCCCCUAAUUAUCUCCUUCCUCCCUGUGAGCGUGUGUCUCACGAACCACGCUCAAGUUUCCCUUUGCACCCGUGUUCAUCAUGAGUGUUCGUUGGUGUUGUUGUGUACGCGCGCGCGCUUGCGACUGGUUGUUCCCAUUAUUCCCCUUUGCCUGGUAUUUGCUUCCCCCUUCCCUUCCUCCCAGUUCACGGUUCACUUGUUUGCCGCUGCCUGCAAUAAUGCCACCCUUUGUUGUUUCAUGUGCGCGUGCACGUGUGUCUUGUCUGUGCGCUGCACGUGUGUCUUGUGUGUAUCGAGCUCAUCAAAACCGCUUCCAGUGACCCUUUGAGUUCCCAUUUGGUGGUUUUAUGGUUCAGCUAACGCGUGCACACCCCCGUUGCCACGUCAAUUAAAGACAUCAGCCACAA